AGUAAUUUUCCCUCCAAAAUGCCCAAGCGUAAGAAGAUCGUUGUUUUUGGUAGUAUUAAUCAAGAUUUAACUAGCUAUACUGAAGAAUUUCCACGACCAGGUGAAAGCGUACGUGGGAAUGGAUUCAAAAUGGGUCACGGUGGCAAAGGUGCUAAUACAGCCGUAGCAGCCGCAAGACUGGGCGGAGAAGUACAAUUUAUUGGCAAGGUGGGAGACGACCUUUUCGGAGAGAACUACAUAAAAAGCUUUCAACAAGAUGGUGUUGAUACGACACAUAUAGAAAUUUCAAAAGAAAGUCCGACUGGUACCGCCACCAUACUUGUGAACGGGCGUGGUGAAAACUGCAUUGUCAUUACCACGAGUGCAAAUGCUGAGGUAAAUGAAGAAGUUGCUGAAAAACAUGAAGAAGCACUUGAAGAUGCGGCGAUUGUGAUGAUACAGGGUGAAGUCUCUCCGAAAGGAAAUAAAAGAAUUUUUGAGCUUGCUAAAGACCAUGGAGUACAAACGUUCUUCAAUCCUGCUCCUGGAGAUCCAAAUUUGGACAGGUCAAUUCUAUUGAUAACGGAUAUCAUUUGUACAAAUGAGAGUGAGACAGAAUUCAUUACGGGUAUAAAACCAGAAACAGUGGAUGACGCUAAGAAAGCAGCUGCCGAAAUGGUUACUAUAGGACCAGAACAUGCGAUUAUCACCUUAGGAGCACAAGGCUGUGUGCUCGCAUCUAAAGACCAUGAAGCUGAGCAUAUCCCAGCCAAGAAAGUGACCGCAAUCGACACAACGGGAGCUGGUGACUGUUUCUGUGGCUCCUUCGCUUACUUCAUGAUCAAUACGGAUUGUUCUGUGCGUGAUGCCGCAGAAAAAGCAGCUAACAUCGCCUCCUUGUCCGUUCAGCGAAAAGGAACGCAAGAUUCGUACUGGACCCGUGAAGAGAUUGAGAAGAAAUAUCCAGAGUUCUUAGAAUAAUUUUUCGAUAUCGCUUGUUCUCUAACAUCUAAUCUCAUAGCUCUUUCAAGUCACUUUUUUCUUCACUUUAUUCUCAAAAACUGGUCAACACAGCAUAGGGCUGAGCUAGAAUAGCAACAGAUGUCUAUCGUCAUCAAAGAAAAAUGAAAUUUUUGACAAAUGGAAAUUACUUCUACCAUUCCAUGUCUAGGUAUGACUUGAG